GGUCCUCUUUUUCUGGGGCCUUUCCUAAUUUCCUUCUUUUCCUUCUUUCACAUUAUCCCUUGAAUUCCUAUUAAUCAUUGACUACAAAUAAGGAAGAAUCUUCUCAAUGUAUCAAAAAAAAACAAAAAAAGGACGAACCUUCUUCUUAAUUUUUUCCAUCAGUUCAAACGGAAUUUGUAGCCAAAGAACCCCCCAAAGUCAGAAGUCAAGCCGUGAAACUCAUGCAAACGCGUUUAGGACUAGAACAAAAACACAAACACAUUCUAACAACAAUAGUUGUAAGACUUUGAAACUAAGCAUUUAUUUUCCAUCUAAUAUACAGAUUACUCUGAUCUGUAGCCGGCGAUGACGGAGAAGAAGGAGCAGGUCAGACCCUUUGCGCCACUGACCUUCCGGACUAGCAGUGAUGAAGAUGAAGUCUUAUUCAUGCACUCCAAGCACCACUCCCGGAAAAGAUUCAUCCUGUGCUGCGGUUGCUUAGCUGCCCUAUUGUUGAUUCUGGUAGUAGUGAUUUUAGUCCUCAUUUUCACCGUUUUCCAGAUUGAGGAGCCGAUGAUCCGGAUGAACUCUGUCACCGUCCAGACAAUGGAGGAGUUUCCCAACGGAACCCUCCGGACCGAUGUCAACGUGACCCUCCUGGCCGAUGUUUCUGUCAAGAAUCCUAACGCUGCAAGUUUCAGGAUUGCCAACACCACCACAAAAAUUUACUAUGGCAGUGUGGUGGUGGGAGAGGCCGGGCAAAUCGAGGGGGUGGCCAAGGCAAGGCGGACACUGCGGAGGAAUGUCACGGUGGAUAUUGUCCCUGAUAAGUUACGGACGGUUCCGAGGUUCAAAACGGAUUUCACUUCAAAGGCGUUAAACAUCAUCAGCAUCACCGGAAUUGCUGGAAAGGUGAAAAUUCUCGGAAUUUUAAAGAAAAAUAUUGUGGUCAAAGUAAAUUGCACCAUGACUUUCAAUGUUUCCAGCCGGACCUUUCAAGGGGCCUUUCAUGGAGAGAAGUCACCUUUCUGCAUGCCAUGUCCUCCUGAUCUCUAGAUAAAAAUAGUUUCUUAUUUUGCAUUUUUCCAUUUCUUAUAUUAGGUUAUGUGAAAACUAAUUAAUCUUAUAUAUUAUGAGAAAUACUCAUAUUUAAGUUUUGUACUCAUUUAUCAUACUCAACCCCAUGGUUUAUCUGAAGCAAUAAUAAUUCUCUAGGGAU